AUGGCCAGUUCGCAAUCCGGCCAGAACACCGACUCUCUGUCCCCCGCCACACGCAGUUGCCACCGCUGCAACCAGAAGAAAAUCCGGUGCAGCAAAUCGCAGCCCUGUUCCAGCUGCGUCGAGUCCAAUUCCGACUGUGUAUUUCCUGGUCCUGGUCGCGCUCCACGGCGUAAGAAGAGGCCGCUGAAGGCUGAGCUUGUAUCCCGCUUGAAAAGUCUGGAGCAGCAGGUUCGGGGUUUGACGACGGAGCCUGGAAAUGGCACUCUACAUGACUCCCUGGACGGCAGCGAGAGUGUCGCGGAGGCUACAGCUAGUGAGGAUGGAAGGUUAAUGCCAGGUGAGGGUUCGACUCGUUAUGUUACCCACGAUGCUCUAGUUGGUCUUAUGGACCAGAUUGAAAACCUCAAAGAUAUAGCAAACUCCCCUAGCAUUCAAGACUAUGAUGACCAUGGCCAAUUCAGUACCCCUGAUGAGGACUCGCCAAACGGCAACCAAUUUCUGUUCGGAUACUCGUCGAUGGCAUCUUCGCUGGACGCCUUCCACCCCAGCCCAGCACACAGCCAAAUACUGUGCAAGGCAUUCGAAGAAAACGUCGCCCCAGUGGUGAUGAUCUUCCACAAGCCAACAAUCCAUGCACUCAUCUCCAACUCCUCCAGCGGCAGCUCCAUCGACCGAGCCAGCGAAGCCAUAGUCUUCGCCAUCUACUUCGCAGCAAUCACCAGCAUGAGCCCAGAACAGUGCUCAAAGGACCUAGGACAAGACCGCCCAUUACUCAUACAGCACUACCGCUUCGCAACGCAGCAAGCCCUAGCUCGCGCAAAUUUCAUGCAAUCGCAGACCCUCCCCCUUCUUCAAGCAGCCACGCUCUUCCUAUCCUGUCUCCGCCACCCAGGCGACGCGGACUUUGUAUGGGCCAUGACCGCGGCGCUGGUCCGCAUGGCACAGGGCCUAGGCAUCCACCGUGACGGAACCCACUUCGGGCUGAGUGCCUACGAGACGGAAAUGCGGCGCCGGCUGUGGUGGGCUAUCUACCUGCUGGACUCGCGGUCGUCUGAAUUCCGGGGUAUUGGGCCGCAAAUCUCGGAGGGGGACUCUUAUUAUGACACGAGAUUGCUUUUGAAUAUAGACGAUACGGACUUGUCGCCAGACCAGGCUCAGCAGCAACCUGAGAAACGUGUUGGAUUCACAGAGUCAACGUUCUGCACGGUACGAUGCGAAAUGACUGUUCUUUAUCGACAGGCUCACCUGAAUUCCAGCAGCAGCGGAGGCCCAUCGCCACUAGGAGAACGCCUUCGUCGGCUAGACCACGUCCACAGCCGGUUACAAAAGCACUAUCUCCAGUUCUGCGACACCUCAGUUCCCAUCCAGUGGGUGACGGCGACGGUAAUCCGGCUCGCACUCGCGCGAUCAUGGCUCCUCGCCCAUCUUCCCCAAGGAACUAUAGCAGAUGCUGAAAUCGCGCCGGGGACAGAGGAUCCUCUACGAGAACAGCUCCUUUCAACCGCCGUCGAAGUAAUCGACUUUGCAUAUCUCCUCGAAACAGACACCCGGACAAGCCAGUGGUCAUGGCUCUUCGAGGGCUAUCCGCAAUGGCAUGCCGUACUGGUUGUGCUCGCAGAACUCUGUGCUCGGCCGCAGUCUUCAUUGACGGACCGGGCGUGGGCUGUGACGGUCAAGGCUGUUGAGCGGUGGAUUGAUACUGGGUUCCGGGCAGCGGGGAUUACGCCGAAGAUUAUCUUUGGUCUGAUGGAGCGUGCUGCUGCUGCACAGGGGUAUAUUUGGGAUGGAGUGGAGAGAAAGAAAGGCACUGAUGGUUCUGUAUCGAAAUCUGUUUAG